AUGUAUAAGAUUAAUGUUAUUUUAAUGUGUACGAUAGGAACAGCACUUGUUUCAUCGCCAUUUUUAACAAACAACUCUGAACUACCUACAUCUAUUGAUUCAUUUGAAUUUUUAUAUCAGCUAUUGCUUAAAGAUGCUCAACUGUUAGUCAAAGAUCUCAGUUUUAUAUAUAAACCAUGUCGAGACAUUCUCGCAUUACUAGCGGGUUGUUAUUUGUUGAAAAAAAUUCUUCCACUACCCUAUCGUACGUAUAGAAUAUUGAAAUUAUAUUUUUUUCCAUACCAAAUCAAUCCAGUUUUGGUAAAAAUACCAUUAUCAAACACAAAUAAUACAAGUGAUGUUGAUUAUAGUGAACAUUGGGCAAUUUUGAAUGACGCCGCUACUCCGUGUGGAUAUGCUUUUGCACAAAAUCUUGCUAACCGUGGUUAUAAUCUCAUAUUAGUUUCAACAGAUGAAUUAAAAGAUCAUUUGGAGCAGUUAUCAUCAUACAUUCAAAAAACAUACUCAAUUCGAACAGUAACUGUUCUCUAUAGAUGGAAUAAUGAGAUGACGAAUGUAGAAGAUACUUUGUCAGCAUCGUCAUUAACUGUUGGACAGAUAUCGUUGGUAACUCAUAAUACAAAUUUCCAUCGUGUUGGAUCAUUCGAUCGUUUCGAAACAAUUGAAAAUAUCGCGAGAAGUUCAAAUUUAGUACUCUACAUCAAUUGUACAAGACCAUUUGAUGAUCGGAAUCUAUCAAAAACACUGAAUCCAUGUGAAAUGCAAACAAUCAUAAAUAAUUAUUUAGUGCCACCGAUGCAGCUAGCCUACCUAAUUCUUCCCUAUAUGUCAGUUCGUUCUCGUCCCGCUUAUGUCUUAAAUGUAAUGCCGCAUCGUUCAUGUAUGGAAUCAAGUUUACAUAAUUUAUUACGUCUUUACUUCAAUUCACGCAAACAAGAUUAUUCUAAUAGUGGUUUGCUUCAUUUUCAAACUGUUUAUCUUCCACCAUCCUGGAUCAAAGCAACUGUUGAUAGUCAUUCAUUAGAAAUAUUUCGAAAACUAAUAUUAUUUAAAUAUGAACAAAAUAGUAGUUCUCAUUCUACAUGGGGAUCAUGUCAUCCAAAAUUGUAUAUUGAUACAAUAUUAAGACAAUUGGGACGAACAGAAACAAGCUCAGGACAUUGGUUAGUUGCAUUGCAAUUAUUCUUAUUAUCAUGUUUACCUAAAUUUAUUUCACAUUAUUUGAUGAGUUACUAA